GGAUGCAAAACGGACACAACCGAAUGCAUCUUUUGGCAUACGGUUUUUAAUGGAGAGUCAAUGCAUACUGUUUUCAAUAUGGUUCCAUAUGGUUUUCACAUUAAAAACGCAUACGGGAACUGUAUUGCAAAAACGUGUUGUGAAUGCAGCCUUCAGGCCUGUAAUCCAAGUACAGUAAGGUUUGGUGGCCAUGCCCUCACAGGCUGGCACCUUCCCGCCCCUUCUGUCAGGACUGUUUAUGGCAGACUGGCUCACACUGACAGGCCCACUGGAUCUCAGGAUCAGAUCCUCUCACAGUGAUAGUAUGAGGGAAGAUCUCCCCUCUGCCCUGUGUGAGAGUGAGUGGCGCAGCCUCCACUCCAUCCCUGCAGUCCCCUCCAGCUCAUCCAGUCCGGCUCUUCCAGCACACAGCCUGCAGCUGGCAGCAUUGGGAGGAAGGCCUUUUGCAUGCACUCAGGUUGAAGAGCCUCAAAUGGCAGGGAAAUUAGCUGGCUCCGGAGGAAGGGCUGUGCUUGUCCUUUGUUCUCACCAGGUGCAGCCAUAACAAAUCCUCCCUGGGACAGGCGCGACAUUAAAGACGGCGACCAGUCCGAGACUAAUGGUGAGCAGCCCCUGCGGCCGGAACGUCUCCUAUCUGGGGGCAGCAGAGGCUCUUUGUCCGGGCACAGCUUAGACUGACUGCUCCAAGCCAGGAGCCCGCCGGGCCGUGGAGGAAGCGCUCAGGCCAGUCCCGAUGCUUGAUGUUUGCAGUACCGUGGAAAAUGCAAAACAACGAAGUGUUAAAACCGGCCAAGUACUUUUCUGAAUUGGAGAAGAAUGUCCUCUUGGCCUUGGUAGAAAAAUACAAAUAUGUACUUGAAUGCAAGAAAAGUGAUGCUCGGACUAUUGCGCUGAAGCAACGCACUUGGCAAGCAUUAGCCCAUGAAUACAAUUCCCAACCUAGUGUAUCUCUGAGGGAUUUCAAACAACUAAAAAAAUGCUGGGAGAAUAUCAAAGCAAGGACAAGAAAGAUAAUGGCCCACGAAAGAAGAGAAAAAGUGAUGCGAUGUGGGCUUGCGUCCAACAGCCUAAAAGAAAAAGUAGCAAGUAUGAUUCCAGAGCAGAUCUACUAUGUACAGACUCAAUCUGAGGAGGAAUCUCAAUACAAUCAUGACUCUUCCAAUCCAGACAUGGACUGCAAGAAAGUAAAUCUCUUAGAUCUGGAGCUUCUUAUUGAUGAACAGGGGAAAAUCCAGACCAAACCAUAUAACAAAGCACCUGAAACAGACUUGUUGUGUGGGGAUGGUUCUCCAUCCAGUUCAGUAGAAAAAGCUUUCCACAAAGGAGACCUAGAAAUCCUCAUUGAUGAACAGGGCAAGAUCCAAACAGAACCAAUAAGGAAUGUGUCUGUCACUGACUCAGUGUGUGCAGAGGGAGCUUCCCCCAACAGUAUAAAAAAGGAAAUCAUGGCUUAUAAAAUCAUGGCUUUGUCCAAGCUGAAGCACAGGCAUGGACAAAGUCCAGUAAGUGAAGAAUCUUUUGUCAUUCCGGACAGAGAUAUGUAUUCACCAGAAAAGUCUAACAUCGUCAACAUGCAAAAAUGUCAAGAUAAUCUGGCAUCGCCUUCCUGCUCUACUCCAAGAAUUACUGCUAACAGGACCUAUAGAAGCAAACCAACCCAGAAUGGCAUACUCACUAAGAUGCAUGAGGAAGAGCAUCAUCAGCAAAUGUCUAUUCUUCAACUGCAACUCAUUCAGAUGAACGAGGUGCAUGUUGCUAAAGUCCAACAGAUAGAGCGUGAGUGUGAAAUGGCGGAGGUCGAGCACCGAAUAAAAAUGGAGAUACUGAACAAAAAGAAAAUGUACUGGGAGAGAAAACUACAAACAAUCACUAAAGAGUGGCCAGUAGCAUCAUUCAAUAGACCGUUUCCAAACUCUCCAUGAAUCGUAACACUUAAGAGUUCAAAAGAUACUCGGAAAAACACUGGCAGGAGCACUGUUCAUGGCUCAGCCAUCAGAAUGAACAAUCAGUAGGCCCAAACACUGGCAACAGUUUCUGUGUAGGAAAAUAGUUUAAAAAAAUAAAUAUAUUAAUAAAAAAAGACAAGUUCUAGGACAUGCCGGAGCUGAUAUUGGGAGCAAUGUGUUUUUGCUUUUAGUAGUAUUAAAAACAUAAGAUGCGUAUGGCCUAGAUGCUGUAACACAAAGCUUAUGAUGACAUAAGCUGAAAAAUUUGGUCUUUCUUCCCACAAACUGUAUUUUUAAUAAUUUUUUUGUUAAUUUUACAGACAUCAAGUCCACUUUUUAUGUUUUGUGUAUUGUUUCCUUGUUUGUUUGCUGGAUUUCUUUGGUACACUAUUUGGGUAAUAUAUGGAUAAUUGUCAUCCAUUUAUAAAUUUGGAAAAAUUGUGUGAUGAUUUGGAACCAAAUGACCACAAUUCUUCUGGAUGAGACCAAACCUUAUUGCAAGAGUUAUUGAAGUAUUGAUGGUGGAGGGUGAUGUGGCUGUUAUUUCUGCUAUACGCAGUAAUGUUUACACAAUCCUCCGCUGUAAUGGGUCUAAGGUUAUCCAGGUAUUAAGGAGGCCAAAGGUACAAAAAAAACAAACCAUUGUGUCUUAUUUAUAUCAUAUUAUCUGACUGAUAAAUCAGGGUUGCAGUGAACCUCAAUCGAAUCACUUUACUGUUUAAGCACAAAUGAAGAUGAGUGCUGUACACCCUUGUGUGUAGCUACACUAAACUUUCCACAGUUACUCAUCUAUUAGUAACAGUAUUUAUGUAAUUGAAAAUAGAAAUGUGUUUCAUACUGAACUGUGGUCUGGCGCUCAUUUUCUACACACUUAAUUCCCCCACAUCGGUGAUAGAGUGAAAAAACAUUUUCCCCUUGAUUUGGGGGGGAGGGAUUUUCUUUUUUUUUUUGCAGUAUUAAAAAAAAACAUGGUUAAAAUUUUCCACUGGUAAAAGUAAUAAUAAUAGAGGGAUUAUUAGGGCAUUCGAAAUUCAUGGCCUGUUCUCUGUAUUAGCCAUCAAUAUUAGACUGGUACUCCCAAUAAUCACUUAUCUUAUUCUGAUGCUGAUCUUAUUUUAAUAGCUUGUCCUGAAGAUAUUCCAGCACUUUUAAAAUUCUGGAUAACCCUUUUAAAACCAGACAUUGUGGUUAUAGGGUCAAAAAGACCAAAUAAAAAAUAAUGUGGGGAAAAGGACUAAUUUUAUUAGUGUGUAAAAUGUGUGGUCAGUCACCAGUUUAGAGUUAGCUGUAUUGCGCAAAUGAAAAUAGUAAUUGUUUGUAAGUGAAAAUAAACUAUGAUUUCAGAUGU